GAUGAAAGAAAAAGAGAAUUCUAGACACCAUUUACAAUUAUGGCUUGGCACCACCAAUGCUGAUCGAUUGCGUCUUCAGCUACUGUGUAUCAUCGGAUGCAACAAGAUAACCGAGGCUGAGUGUGCUUUAUCUCGCCUUAGCUCAUUACCCCUGUUUUGCUCUAGUGGUGUAUGGUGUAUAAUACCAACAAUUUUACCUCGUGCUGGGGUAGAUCCCUAGAUCCUGAACUCAACUUAUCUCUUGUUAGUUGAAUCACAUACAGGAUGGCGACUUUCGCCCGACCAACAUUUUCAGCAAAGGCCUACGCGGCUUUUCGGCCGACUUACCCACCACCUCUAUUCCGCACCGUCUUGAAUUACCACCAGCUACCUACACCUGGAAGCACGUUGUUGGAUAUCGGCUGCGGUCAUGGACUCAUUGCUCGUUAUCUUCGACCGAAUUUCAAAUCGGUCAUUGCUAUCGAUCCGUCCGCAGGGAUGAUCACACAGGCGCAGCAAACAACAACUGAUCCUGCUAUCACGUUUCGCCAAGGUAGCGCUGAGGAUCUGAGCUUUUUAUCCGAUGGAUCUUUAGACAUGGCUGUUUCGGGCCAAGCUGCGCAUUGGUUCGACUACAGUAAGGUUUGGCCUGCUCUUGCGAGGGUGGUGCGUCCCGGCGGCACAGUAGCCUUUUGGGGUUACAAGGAUAACGUGCUAGUCGGCGCCGAACAGGCUACCGUAAUUAUGGAGAAAUUUGUUUAUGGGUUCGGCGAAGUAGUCCCGGGUGUGAAAGGGAUGGGUCCGUACUGGGAGCAACCUGGACGUAAUAUUGUACGAAAUCUUCUUCGCAGUGUGCAAUUUCCGGAAGCCGAUUGGGAGGAUGUAAAAAGGUUAGAACAUGAGCCGGGCGAGGAAGGCUCCGAGGAGGUCCGUUGGCUAAGGAAAACGAUGAAGCUUGGUGAAGUAGAGGGCUAUUUAAGAACAUUUAGUUGUUUUAGCAGCUGGAAAGAGGCUCAUCCUGAUGUUAAGAGUCGAGCCGAUGGCGGAGAAGGGGAUAUCCUCGAUAUUAUGUGGGAUCACAUGAUCGAUGCGGUACCUGAGUGGAAGGCUAUGGGUGAAAGAUGGCGAGAGAUUGAAGUUUUAAAUGAUUGGGGUACUUAUAUCUUGAUGGGUAGACGUCGUUGAAGCUGUAUGUAGUACUGCAGUGACAGCAUUCGUUUGAUGCCGCUAUCGCUGUAAUUGUUAGACACUUUGGCCUUGUUAUCAUAGGCUGUUCAAUAAUCUAUUGAGAGUUAAUUAUCCGAUGUCGCGGCAACCAAGCUAUGCUGAAUCAUAUAUGUAUGAGACAAUCCGAUAGGAUAGGAUGAAUUGCUUUGACGAAA